CUCUCUCUCUAUAUAUAUACAUAUGUGUCACUCACGACUCCACAGAUAGAUAGCUACACGUACGUACGUGUGUGUGCAAACAAUCCGAUCAGCUGGGAAGCAAACAACAACGAACGAACGCCAUGAUGGCGGCGUGCUUGGAGGCGAAGAAACCCUACCUGAUCGCUCUUGCCAUCCAGAUCAUCGGCACCGGCAUGUUCGUCAUCUCCAAGGCAGCCUUCGACGACGGCAUGAGCACCUUCGUAUUCAUCUUCUACAGGAUGGCCGCCGCCUCGCUCAUCCUCGUGCCCACAGCCAUUGUCCACCAAAGGAAGAAUAUGCGGUCCAUGUCUGGGAAGCUGCUUCUCAAGCUCUUCUUGCUCGCCUUGAUCGGGAACACAUUCAGCUUGAACACGUACAACCUGACCCUGAAGCUGACGUCCGCGACGGUGGGGUCCGCGCUAGCCAACUCCGUGCCCGUAUUCACCUUCUGCCUGGUGCUGGUGCUGAGGAUGGAGACGGUGAACCUGAGGACGGCCGCCGGCGUGGCCAAGGCCGCCGGCGUCGCGCUCUGCGUCGCCGGAGUCCUCGUCCUCGCCUUCUACGCCGGUCCGGCCAUGAGCCCCGUGAACCACCACCGCGCCUUCGCCGCCCCGAGGCAGCACGCCGCCUCCACCGGUGGUCCGCCGAGCAGGUCGAGGUGGAUCACAGGGACGCUGCUCAUGGUCCUCGCCAACGUCACGUGGGCCCUCUGGAUCGUCCUGCAGUCGGCACUGCUGAAGGAGUACCCGAACAGGAUGCUUGUGACGGCGACGCAGUGCGUGUUCAGCAUGAUGCAGUCAUUCGUGGUGGCAGUGGUGGCCGAGAGGGGUGACAUGUCCAAGUGGAAGCUCCGAUGUGACAUUACCCUCGUAGCCGUCCUUUACGUGGGUUUUGUGGUGACGGGACUGUCCCAUUACCUCCAAGCAUGGUGCAUGGAGCUGAAAGGCCCCGUGUUCCUGGCGAUGACGAACCCGCUCUGCUUCGUCUUCACCAUAUUCAGCUCCUCCUUCUUCCUGGGAGAGAUCGUGCACCUCGGCAGCAUCUUGGGUGGAGCUCUGCUUGUGGCCGGCCUGUACAGCGUGCACUGGGGUAAGCUCAAGGAAGACAGGAGGUCUGAGGCGGCGGAACAGGAGAAGACCAAGCCGCAGGAAGAACCAGCAGCAGUAGCUGGAGUGCCCUCCGUGCUCGACCAAGCGUGAUGCUCAUACAUAUGGUUGCUUCAUCAGAGCGCCCUAGCUUGAGCGAGCUCCAUCGACCAUCAGCUAACUAAUGAACUGUUGGGACCAAUAUGCAUGAUGCAUAUCACUGUGCAUGAAGAACCAAUUAAUUAACUGUGGAUUAUUAAGAGAGUGAGCAUGUAGUUCUACUUGCAUGCAUCUGGGUAUUUUGUAUAGAACACAUCAAGUUGCGUCUGUGACAUCAAUGCAAGCUAGGGCAUGCAUGCAUUCCAUCAUUCAAUGCAUGCAUAACUCACUUGAAUGCUGUUGUAUCCACUCCACCCAUGCACUUUGAAUAAAUACAUAUGUCGACUU